GGAGACGAGUUAUUCUUGAAUAAAGGCCCUUCUUUAAAGAACAGAGGUGAAGUGGUUAUCGAAAAGCCAUUUUUCAUUAUCAGGAAGCUUCCAUCAUGACAGAGGGAACACAGUUAUACCAGACUCUUGAAGCCUCCAGAAAGGAAGUAAGACUUGUCGCUUUGCUACCUGGAGACUUCUCUGACGAUGUUCAUUGCACAUUGACGACAGUCUCCUUGAUAGAUGAGCCAGUCUAUCAGGCUCUCUCGUAUGUUUGGGGGAAUCCGACAAGCAAGUGCGAUAUCAUUCUUCAAGGCAUCUCUUUUCCAGUGACCACUAAUUUGGAGUCUGCACUUCGGUAUCUGAGGCAUCGUGAUCUACCAAGAGUUUUGUGGAUUGACGCGAUCUGUAUCAACCAAGAAGAUAUACCUGAGCGUAACUCACAGGUCAAAUAUAUGGGCACAAUUUACUCAAAGUCGUCAAUUGUUCUUGCGUGGUUAGGGGAACCAAAAACAAAUAAAUGCUUGAGUUCAAGUUUCACAGCUGGGUGGAUGGACAAAUUGGUACCGGAAGGAGAUGAUAUUGACGAGGAAGGAGACAAUGAUUUGGUUUUCGAUACAUUCGAAAUGAUGUUGAAAGAUCUCAAUGCCCACUGGGACAGUGAAAACGAUGACAUCUCAUUUUCAACUAAAAAUUUGCGUGCAGGGGCCGGGGUCAUCCGACUUUUCGAGAAUCCUUGGUGGAGCCGAAUGUGGACAGUCCAGGAGGCUCUCUUAGGGAAAGAUACCCUCUUGAUAUCAGGAAGGAGAAGCAUAUCACAAGACAACCUAUCCGCUAUUUUCAAUAGUCAACUUGCACACUCCAGAGAUGGUUGUAACCCACGCAAAAGUGGGUUUAUCACAACUUCUUUUAUGAAGAUGAGAUUUCUUCAUGAGUAUCGAGAUGGAAAUUUAUCAGGUAGUUUGGAAGGGCUUCUCAACAUAUUUGGGGAACGUCGUUGCUCAGACCCGCGAGAUAAAAUAUACGGCCUGCUGGGCAUUCUUGCUGCUGAGGACGCCAAUUCAAUCCAUCCAGACUAUAGCAUUGAUAUUGACUUACUUUAUGGAAGUACAGUAGUGGAUAUAAUCAAUAAGGUGCGGAAUCUCGAUGUUUUCAGCCAGUUGUGGCCAAAAAAGUGGCACUCCACGGGAAUUUUGGCUGGUGAAGAUGCGUCUUGGAUUCGGGACUGGACAGCAGAAAGGCCCUCUCAUGUUUUAGUAGAUACUGUAAGCGCACGCCACAGAUUGUUCCCCAAGUUUUCAGCCUCCGGCAAGAGUUCAGCCAUAGUGAAAGAAAGUCAAAAAUCAAAAAUCGCACUACGUGGUAUAUUGUUGAACUCUCUUCAGGUUGUCGGUAAAGAGAACGAUUUUGAGGUUGAUAAUGACGAAGAGAUGGCAGCGAUAUAUAGAGAGUGGAAGCAGGUGGCGCAGGAGGAGACCCAAUUUGACCAGCCAUAUUCGAGUUCCUCGGGAACUACAACCUACUCGGAUGCUCUCUCUCAAACAUUCUGUAUGUCAAUAGCCACUGAUUCAUCCAAAAGCAAUGAUUCGGCAAGCGAGUAUUAUUACAGAAGAGUUCCGAACGAUUUGCAAGCGCACAAAAAUUACCACUCAUGGUGGGAAUCGGAGAUCGAAGGCACUCCUCGUCUUGGAGGAAAGCAGUUGUUGAACGCCGAGAACGCAAACUCUGAUAUAAUUCGCUUCCAUACUUUGGUUUACUUUGCUACUCAUAUGAGAAGAUUCUUCAUAGCCAAAGAACCCAGGUGGAUAGGUCUUGUACCAAUGGAUGCGCAGAUCAGCGAUCAGAUAUUCUUACUUGAAGGCGGGAAAGUACCGUAUAUAUUACGUCGGAUUGGAGGUAGGGACGAAUAUAAAAUAAUUGGAGACUGCUAUGUGCAUGGAAUAAUGGAUGGAGAGGAAUGGAAUUCGGACAAGCUUCAGGAUGUGAUUUUGGUCUGACCCAAUCACUAUACGUAACUAUUGAAGAUAUAUCUAGCCACGCUCUCUUUGCCAUGGCUCAUUGAUAUUAAGACUGAAUUUGCGCAGUAUUCUAAUCCUUAUCAUCAUUAUCGCUCCCCAUAGAAAAAUCCCAAGGCCAAUAGCAUUUGAAUUUAUCCUCUUCUCCAACCAGAUCCCAUUUUGAGCUUUGCAUGCGUCCCUGCACAAAUCUCACAAUCCUUGCA